AUGGGGCGGAAAUUGGGAAUUCGCUUGGGGCUGCGAAGGCGACCGCGGCGGGGACCGAGGGCGGGGAGACGGCGGAUCACAGGGAGCCUCCCGCUGGCCCAAGACGCGUCCGCGAGCGCGGGCGGCCAGUCCUCCGGGGAGGGCGGGAGACACCCCAGGGCGCCGUCAGGGAGAGCCGCGCGGGCGCCCCCGCCGGGCCGGGACCUGAGCGCCCUGCGAGCCGCGCGCCCCCGCGGAGCCGCCGGCCCGCGCGCCGGCCCCGCGCUCGCGCGCCCGCAGGAGGCGAGGCCGCGAGACCGCACACUGGGCGGAGCCGGCCGGGAGGCGCGGGGUCCCGGGCGGAGCCUCCUCGGGAGGGAGAGGUUACGGUGUCUCCCGGCCGCGCGGGGCUCCUCCUUGACGCGGUUCUGCGGGCGGGGCCCCGGCCGGAGCCGCGCGAAGCUGGCGGAGGGAUCUGCAACCCAGCCGUUCCCUCUGGACUGCAGUGGACACUCAUUCCAUGGGAAAAGAACCUGCCAGACUCGUUCCGGGGUUUGCAGGAGCAGGCCUGUAUGGUCUUGGCCUCCCCAGAUCCCAGCUCUCCCAGAAAAGAGGAGGAGACCCCUCUUGCUCUCCAGGGCCCACCUCCAAGCAGGGCCAUGUCAACACAAACGUCGGGUGCUCCCUGAAUCAGCACCCCUGGUCCUAGACAAGACGCCCUCACCCGGGACCCUGGAGGGCACUCCCUUGCUGCUGGAGCUGCAGAAAUUGCCGGGAUUGGCCAAUACAGACUUGAGUGCCCUGAACCCCAACAUCCAGGUGAGGGCUACAGGGGCAGCUAUGAGCCCAGAGGAUUCCUGGAGAGAAGUUGGGUUCAACAGCUCAGCUCUGAAGUCAGGCAUCUCAUCCUGUAUUCCGUGGAGGAUGGGGGUCCUGUGUAGGUCAGACAAGGUGACUCCCAUGCCCCACCUGUGGAGUAGGAGGAGUCGGGCUUCCUCACUUAGCGCAGACCAUCACGUGGCUCUCCCAGCCUUUAUUGCCUAGACCAUGUUGUUGUCCAGUUGCUCAGCUGUGUCCGACUCUUUGCGACCCCAUGGACUACCAUAUGCCAGCCUUCCCUGUCCUCCACUAUCUCCUGGAGUUUGCUCAAAUUCAUGUCCAUUGAGUUGGUGAUGCUAUCUAAUCAUGUCUGGUUAGACCACAGCAAGGGGCAAACAGCACCAAUCUGGCAGGGCUGUCAUGAGGACCAAAUGAGCAGAGAAUGUUUCUUGAGCUGCAGGGGGUUCCUGAGAUACGGGCAGAGGCCAAGUAGAAAGCUCUGAAGGUCUGAUCUUCCCUGCCCAGGCCCACACCUUGCUGCAGGCCCCUGAAGAAGAACAGGGUAGAUUGCCCACCAGAGGGGCUUUAUGGGAGAGAAAACUAGAGAGGCUGGUGGAAUUCCAGCCUUACAGUCUUCACUGUCAGCUCUGAAUCCCUAAUAAUUCCUGUAUUUUGUGUAUUCCUGCAUCUACAGCUUAUAAAACACUUUUACUGAAAGGGAAAAAAGACCACAAAAAUAUAAAACACAUUCUAAAGUUGUUUAAAA